AUGGAAGAUUUAGCGAAAGCUUUAGCAGAGUAUCAUGAUCCACGGACGGAUCUUGUUCAUAAACAACAUUUGCAUGAACAAUUAAAUAGAUUUUUAAUCGAUCAAAAUUCAUGGCAAAUAGCAUUAACAACAUUUCAACGAAAACAACACGAUCAAACUAUGGUACUGUCUCCAUUAUUAAUUUAUUUUUUACUUCAAGUACUUGAACAUUCAAUUCGUCAUCGUUAUGGUGAUCAACAACAAAUUCGUCAGAUACUUCUUUGGCUUUUUCUUCAUCUAUUUGAUUAUAUGCCUGUGUAUGUUCGUUCAAAAUUAUGUUUACUUAUUGUACAAAAUGUUCGUUGUGAUAAUCAAUGGUCAUUAGAUGAAUAUUUUCAAACUUGUUAUCACUUAAUUGAAACACAACCAUCCGUGGGCUUAUUAAUUUUAACUACAACAAUCGAAGAACUUGGUCAAUUAAAUGAAGAUUGUACUAUAAAGCGAUGUAAUCAAUUGAAAACUAUACUCAAUCAACAUGUUCCACAUAUUAUUCAAAUUAUCCAUGUUUUAUUAAAUAAAGAAAAUCAUCUAUUAAAAGAUCCAUUAUUAGUAAAACAACAGGUAUUGAUAUGUUUGGAUCGUCUUAUUAAUCGUCUUUCAAUCCUUCCAUUACCAUUACAAUUAAUUGAUGAUCUAUUUCAUUAUGCAUCAUCAACAUGGUCAAUAGAUGCUCUUAAUUGUAUUCAUGAAUUAAUACUUAAACAACAUCUACCACGACAAUAUGAUUCAAUUCUUCAUUCAUCACUUCGUCAUGUGAUUCAUUUAGUCUUAAUUGUCAAUCAAAAUUUAACAAUAAUAAUAAUAAAUAAAAUAACUGAAAUUUUACAUUCACUAUUUAAUUUACAUUUACAACGAUGUGAAUCUAUUGAAGAUUUUCCAAUGUUUGAAUUAUUAACUGCUUUUUAUAAAUUUACAAUUCAACAAACUACACAAGAUGGAUUUUAUGCUUGUUUGGAUAUUUGGUCAAUAUUUAUUGAGUAUAUAAAAACAAAAGAUGAAAUUCGAAUAAUAAAUAAAGAAAAUUCAUUCGAAAGAUAUUCACAAAUUUUACGUUCCUUAAGUCAAGAAUUAAUACAACGAAUUCAUAAUGGACAAACAAUAAUAAAAAAUUUACAAGAAACUACUGAUUUAAAUGAUUCUGAAACAGCAAUUGAUCGAUAUAUACGAGAAUCUGUUGAUGUACUAAGUAAAUUAGCAGACAUUCCUUAUCUUUCAUCAAAUAUUUUAAAUUUACUGAUAAAUCUUUUACAACCAGAUAUUGAAAAAUAUAAAAGUAUUCAAAAAUUAAUUCAGAUUUCACCAAAUUCUUCUCAACAAUAUUUAGUGAUAAAUAAUGAAUCUAUCGGUGUUUGUAGUCAAGUAUUGAAUAGUCUAAGUUAUUUACUCUAUGCAUUUUCACGUAUUGCAAAUUCUUGUCUACUUGAUACUACUAAUAUACAACAAAAUCAUUUUCAAACUAGUCUAACACUUGUACAUGAAUUCGUUCAAUUAAUUAUUUAUAUAAGUCAUACUCGAUUCGAUUUAAUUCAUUGUUCAUCGAAACAAUUAAAUAAUGAGUUUAUUAAUGUUCAAACACGAUCUUUUGAAUGUGUAACUAAUUUAAGUCAAUGGUUUAAUCAAAUGUUGAUUCUAUAUAAUUCAAAUCAAGAUAAUCACCGUAUGCUUCAAGAGUUGAUAACACAUAUUAUUGAUAAUUGUGCACCUCUAAUCGAUGGAAAUAAUUCGGAUAAACCCAUUACUAUAUCAGCUGGUUCUCUUCUUUAUUCUAUUAUUCCUCUUACUCGUCAACAUCUAACUUUCAAUGAAAUGAAUUCUAUAAAACAUUUAAUCCAUCGUAUUCUUACAUGGAAUGUUAUAUCUGAUUCAAAGACUAAUAUUCAACUUUAUAAAUUAGCAAUAAAAAUAGUAUUAUUAUUAAUUUUAACUGAACAACAAUCAGCUGAACAUUUUUUUCGUACAAUAUUUCAACCAUUAAAUACAAUUUUAAAUGAAACUGUACAUUUUUUUAAUCAUCAACAAGAACAAUAUUUAAUACGUCGGUCAUUUCUUGAAUAUACAAUAUUACUUACGGAAUUAAUUGAAUCAAUUCGUACAGAAAACAAUAAAAUACGUCAAAAUUUUUUUUCAUCAAUACAGUAUUUAAUUAUAAAUUUAAAUCGUUUUUUACCAAGAAUUGUUAAUCGAGAUACAGAAUGUGAAACAGUACUUAUUUCAUUAUUAUUAACUUGUUUCGAGAUACUUCGAACACAAAUGGGUACAGAAUUAAUAAAUACUAUUUUACAAACAACAUUUUCUGUAUUUAAUAUUGAAAAUAUUCGAAAUGUUCUGCGUGAACCAAAACCUACUGCUCAUACAGCUAUUUCAAGAUUUCUUGAGUUUUUAUCAUUACUUGUUAAUGAACCAGGAAAUAGUAAAUUAGCACAACAAUUUUUACCAACAAUUAUUGAAUUAUGUACAACAGCUUUAUAUCCAGCUAUUCGAGAAAAUUUCACUUUGGAUAUUCGAGAAAAUUAUUAUAAACUUGUUCAUAAUUUAUUAAUUAAUAAUUGGCGAUAUUUCUUUAAAGGAAAUGUUUUAACGACAUUGAAUGGAGAUACUGAAACAACUGCUAAUGAACAUAGUUUUAUUCAAUUAAUGGAGAGUAUUGCAUGGUCGUUUUCGCAAUCAGAUAUCGAACAAUUUCGUGCAAAUAUAUCAUCAUGUAAUGAACUUCAAUCAAAAUGUGGUCUUUAUACAAAACCAAUAUUUCAUCAACAUAUGUCACAAGCACUUCUAUCACUAUUACUUACUGUCUUACUUGUUCGUUCUCAUGAAUUAUGUCGUGAUGAUAUUAUAUCAACAUUAUUUUAUAUAUUAACAAAUGAUAAAACAAAUAAUUUCGUUUAUUUUAUUCAUAAUUAUUUAGAACAAUCAAAUAUAAAAACGGUUUUAAAUGAUAAACAUAAACAUAUUUUAUUAGAAAAUUACGGUCGAAAUGAAACGGAUUUACCAUCAUUUGCACAAAAUCUCAAUAAUUUGAUACAUGACUAUCGGCAUUAUACAACGACAAAUUCAACUUGA